AUGAUGAACAUCCUUGCCCUCGUCGUCGCCUCUGUGGCAGUCGGUGCCGUUAUCAACGAGCCCCAAAGCGGUCGGUCCGUCCCCGCCGUCCUUCCUGACGGAUACAGAGAGGUCCAAAUGAGCUGGACCGGCCCCAUCACCCCCGGCGGUGCCAACGUGACCUUCCAAGGUUCCCUCGAGGAUGUCCAAGCCCAGGCCGAGGCAGCUGGAGGCACAAUUCUCGCAAACUCCACCAAGCGUGCCGUUGACACCCAGGCCUCCGUCCUCGACGCUCGACAGUGGGACAAGGACAUCUGCAAUGUCGGUCUCCAGGGCUCCGCCGCAGCACAAGCCAUCGACAGCGGCAUCAGCUACCUUAAAGGCGUUACAGGUGACUGCGGCAUGCCCGCUGGCCCUGGCACCUGUGGUCGUAUCAGCUGCAGCUACGAUUCCGCCUCUAGUGAGUGGCUCCCUUCAGCCGUCUGUUAUCUCCCCCUCAUCUCUCCUCUUCUACCACUCCUAUAUCAAUCGAGCAAGACAACCCCAAGACACCCAAGACAUUAUGCUGAUAUACAAUUCCUACCUAGUUGGUGCAACGACAACAACCACUUUGCCAGCUGGCGAUGCGCUGACUUCGCGUCCUACGCCCAGUCGGUGCGCGACCACUGCACGUUCUGGACCACCACAUCCUGGGUUUGGGGCCAGUCAUUUGACAAGCAGAACUUCAACAUCAUGGUUGGCCACGAUAGCUGCUAG